CUGAUUACAGCUCAGAUCAAAUCACUGCUCACCUUAAGCUGCAGGUAUAAAAAAGCUGACUAGCACAGCUGGCUCCAGCACUACAUCUUCUUACCGAUACCUUGGACAUUGGAGAAGAGACAUAAACUAUGCGUGAAUGUAUCUCUGUUCAUGUGGGCCAAGCUGGGGCUCAGAUUGGCAAUGCAUGUUGGGAGCUGUACUGUCUGGAACAUGGGAUCCAGCCCGACGGACAUGCGCCCAGUGGCAAGACUAAUGGAGGAGGAGAUGACUCCUUCAACACCUUCUUCAGCGAGACAGGGGCGGGAAAGCAUGUUCCUAGAGCCAUCUAUGUCGACCUGGAACCCACUGUCAUAGAUGAGGUGCGUACAGGAACCUACCGGCAGCUAUUCCACCCUGAGCAGCUGAUUACAGGAAAGGAAGAUGCUGCCAACAACUACGCCCGUGGACACUACACCAUCGGCAAAGAGAUCAUUGACCUUGUUCUGGACAGGACUCGUAAACUGGCGGAUCAGUGCACUGGGCUGCAGGGAUUUCUAAUCUUCCACUCCUUUGGUGGAGGCACUGGCUCAGGUUUCACCUCCCUCCUGAUGGAGAGACUCUCUGUUGAUUAUGGUAAAAAGUCUAAGCUUGAGUUUGCCAUCUACCCGGCCCCCCAGGUCUCCACCGCAGUGGUGGAGCCUUACAACUCCAUCCUGACCACCCACACCACCCUGGAGCACUCCGACUGUGCCUUCAUGGUGGACAACGAGGCCAUCUACGACAUCUGCCGCAGGAACCUUGAUAUUGACAGGCCGACUUACACCAACCUGAACAGGCUCAUCAGCCAGAUCGUGUCUUCAAUCACAGCCUCACUUCGCUUUGACGGAGCCCUGAAUGUUGACCUGACAGAGUUCCAGACCAACUUGGUGCCUUACCCUCGUAUCCACUUCCCUCUGGCCACCUAUGCUCCAGUCAUCUCUGCAGAGAAAGCCUACCAUGAGCAGCUGUCAGUUGCUGACAUCACCAACACCUGCUUCGAGCCAGCCAAUCAGAUGGUGAAGUGUGACCCUCGUCACGGUAAAUACAUGGCCUGCUGUCUGCUGUAUCGUGGCGACGUGGUGCCCAAAGACGUCAACUCUGCCAUUGCCGCCAUCAAGACCAAACGCUCCAUCCAGUUUGUGGACUGGUGCCCCACAGGCUUCAAGGUGGGCAUCAACUAUCAGCCUCCAACGGUGGUUCCUGGAGGAGAUCUGGCCAAGGUGCAGAGGGCUGUGUGCAUGCUGAGCAACACCACAGCCAUCGCUGAGGCCUGGGCCCGUCUCGACCACAAGUUUGACCUCAUGUACGCCAAGAGAGCCUUCGUCCACUGGUAUGUUGGGGAGGGCAUGGAGGAGGGAGAGUUCUCAGAGGCCAGAGAAGACAUGGCCGCCCUGGAGAAGGAUUAUGAAGAGGUUGGCACUGACAACGCAGAGGAGGAGGAUGAAGGAGAGGAAUACUGACUUUCCUGAGGCCUGUAUUUAAACCAAAGUAAAUUGAUAUUUAAUCCUGGUUUUAAAAUGGGACAUUUACUGUAGUUUGUUGUAGUGAAGAAAAAUGUGGGUCAAAUGUAUAAAUAAACCAACAACUUGGUUAAGAAAAAUAACACAUUUGAAAGAUCCUUAUUAUUAACAUUAUCUUUGUCUUUAGACAUAUUAUAUUUUGGGCCUUUAAAGAUCUUUUCUUUCCGCCGUAUCAGAUUCAGAAACUUAGACCAAACCCUUUCUUUUGUGCACCUCCCCCCCACUAUCCUCUCUCAUGUGGAAUGUAAGUUAUGAAAGGGCUCCUAUGUCGGUUUCUAUAUGCCAUUCAGCUGUGACUGUGUGAGAGCGGGAGGGAGAGAAAAUAAAUGACUCACUCGCUUGCUGGUGUUGUUUGUGUAGCACGCACUCAGACAGCGGCCUGCAGCAACAAUAGGAUCCCAGUUAUGUGUGAAUCACAGCUCUGUGAUACCAGGAGGGCUGUCGAAAAGUUGUACCAAGGACAAGCAGAAAACUUUGCUUCCAAUGUGUGUGCCAUUGUGCCAAUGUGAUGUUUUUUUUUGUGUAUUCUGAAUUAGCUGAAUAAACUGAAUCACUGCGUGUCA